GACUGAGUCAGGGGAGAGGGAAAUGGAGGGAGGUAUGAAAAGGUUCAGAACAUAUCAGAGCCGGCACCGAUGACCCAGGAAAGGCGGAGCCUACAAUGGUCCAUUGUUGGUUGGGGAAAGAGGGUGUACUAUCAUCUCUGAUUUGUCCUGAUUGUUUCCCUCUCCCCUGGACUCUCAGACUGUAGAAGGGUCUCGGCCCUAAACGUCACCUGUUCCUUUUCUCCAGAAAUGCUGCCUGACCCGCUGAGUUACUCCAGCACUUUUCUUCAAUCUUCUAUCUUCAAUAUAUAGGGAAGGUAGACACAUAAUGCCGGAGUAACUCAGUGGGUUCAAUAUUCAAUAUAUAGUGGUUGCAUUCCCGAGGCAGUGUUAGCUGUGGUGAGGAGGAUAUGUGGACACAAACAGGGGAACUAGCGGGCCGAAUAGGGGGGGGGAGACGGAGAGGAAGUGCAAGGGUGGCUUGAAAUGAGAUAAAUCAUGGUACAAUCUUCUGUUCUGACUAUUUUAGCUCCACCCAACAGUUAGUUCUACUGCAGCGGCAGCAGGGCAGGGCAGGGCAGGGCUUCAUAUAACGUACAUCAUACAGCUGUUACUCACCGAGUCCACUGCAACGCUGUCGAGGAUGGACAACGAGACGAGGGAAUGCUCUGCUGGGGACAUCGCUUCAUCCUACAACCCCCCAGUCAUCCUUAUAACCUUUGUCCUGGGAUUCAUUGGGAAUUCAAUCGCUCUGUGGAUCUUCUCUUUCCACGUGAAAUCCUGGACACCCAACACAGUGUAUUCGCUGAACCUGGCCAUCGCGGACACGCUGCUGAUCUGCUGCCUGCCCUUUCGAGCCGACUACUUUGUCCGUGGCAAGGACUGGAUCUUCGGCGACGUUCCCUGCCGCCUGAAAGUGUUCAUGAUCUCCUUAAACCGGAUCUGCAGCAUCAUCUUCUUGAUGGUCAUAGCCAUCGACCGCUAUUUUAAGGUGGUCCACCCGUUCCAUAGACUUAACAAGAUAUCUCCCAAGUGUGCGGCGAAGCUAGCGGGGGUCCUGUGGGUUGUGGCGGUGGCGAUAUGUUCUCACUUGCUGCAGGACCGACACGAUUUUAAGCACCAAAACGUGACCAACUGUGAACCUUUCAAGAUAGAUCACGACCUGGGUCCCACGGCUAUCUGGACCUACACUAUUUUUAUUGUCUUCAAAGUUCCUUUUGCCGUUUUCGGUGAUUCUUUUCUCCACCACCCGCAUCGUCUGGAGGCUAAAGCAGAUGAAAGCUGAAAUGAGGGCGAAUUACACGCGAGCGAUGAAGCUUGUGAUCGCAGUGUCCACUGUCUUUGUUCUCUGCUUCCUGCCGACCAACGUCGCCGUGGUCGCCGUCUUAAUCACCAAGCUACGAAGUGCCACGGACUGCAAGUCCUACAUGGUGGCGGUGGACAUCUUCCACAAUACUUUGUUCAUCACUUACUUCAACAGUGUGAUGGACCCAGUCAUUUACUACUUUUCAAGUUCGGCGUUCAAAGAUGCUUUCAAAAAACCUUUUCAUUGUCUCAGUUCAAGUCACUCGAGAUCAGACCCGGACUUGGAAAAGCAUGAUGUCAAAAUAAAACUGGAAGUGGAUUGAAUACUGAACAGUAAUCCCAGACUGCCCGUCCGCGUCUCAUUCUGGGAGAUGAAGGAAAUGUGUAAUAUCAGAAUAGUCAUCGUUUUACAGGCCAUUCCGCCCAACCUGCCCACAACAGCCAACAUGCCCCAUCCACACGAGUCCCACCUGCCUGUAUUUGGCACAUAUCCCUCCAAACCUGUCCUAUCCAUUUUCUGAAACGUUACCACAGGACCAGCCUCAACUACCUCCUCUGGCAGCUCGUUGCAUACACCAUAUAACCAUAUAACAAUUACAGCACGGAAACAGGCCAUCUCGACCCUUCUAGUCCGUGCCGAACACGUAUUCUCCCCUAGUCCCAUCUACCUGCGCUCAGACCAUAACCCUCCAUUCCCCAUUCCUUUCCCGUCCAUAUAACUACCCAAUUUAUUUUUAAAUGAUAAAAACAAACCUGCCUCCACCACCUUCACUGGAAGCUCAUUCCACACAGCCAUCACUCUCUGAGUAAAGAAGUUCCCCCUCAUGUUACCCCUAAACUUCUGUCCCUUAAUUCUCAAGCCAUGUCCCCUUGUUUGAAUCUUCCCUACUCUCAGUGGGAAAAGCUUAUCCACGUCAACUCUGUUUAUCCCUCUCAUCAUUUUAAAAACCUCUAUCAAGUCCCCCUUUAACCUUCUGCGCUCCACAGAAUAAAGCCCUAACUUGUUCAACCUUUCUCUGUAACUUAGUUGCUGAAACCCAGGCAACAUUCUAGUAAAUCUCCUCUGUACUCUCUCUAUUUUGUUGACGUCCUUCCUAUAAUUAGGCAACCAAAAUUGUACUCAGAUUCAGAUUCAGAUUCAGAUUCAAUUUUAAUUGUCAUUGUCAGUGUACAGUACAGAGACAACGAAAUGCAUUCUGCAGAAUUGUACACCUACCACACUCUGCAUGAAAAUGUUACAACUCAGGUUCCUAUUAAAUCUUUGCCCCCUCACCUUAAACCUCUGGUUCUCGGUUCCCCUACUCUGGGCGAGAGUGCUUCUACCCAAUCUAUCCCUUUCAUGAUUUUGUACCUCUAUAAGAUCACCCCUCAUCCUCCUGUGCACCAAGGAAUAGUGUCCUAGCCUGCUCAACCUCUCCCUAUAAGCUCAGGAAUAUGUAAAUAAAAACCAUAGUGAAUAAGUGUACAAACCCUGGAAUAAUGUUAACC